AUGGCUCCAGUAACCCUUCAUCUCCGUGCGGAGGAUAAGAUCCUUGAACAUCGAUCUGCCCUCACACCCCAAACCACCCGCCUCCUUGUAGACGCAGGCUACAUCGUCAAUGUUGAGCGCUCUCCCACUUCUGCUCUGCGGAAGCGGAUCUUCCCAGAUGCAGAUGCCGGAAGUUCCUGGGUCGAUGCACCUCUUGACCAUAUUAUCCUGGGUCUCAAGGAGCUGGAUGAGACGAAAGAUUUCCCCCUUAGACAUGCCCAUGUCACGUUUGCACAUUGCUACAAGGGUCAAGGAGGGUGGGAGAAGGCAUUGGGAAGAUGGAGCCGUGGAAAUGGAGUGCUGUAUGAUUUAGAGUUUUUGCAGGAUGAUACCGGGAGACGAAUUGCUGCAUUUGGAUACCAUGCUGGCUUUGCUGGUGCUGCUCUUGCUCUGAAGACUUGGGCUUGGCAGCUUCAGCAUCCUGAUACACCGCUUCCAAGUGUAGAUCAUUUUACCGAUGGCAGGGGAUACUAUCUGAACGAGAAAGAAAUGGUCAAUCAGAUUAGGGAGGAUGUUAUUCGUGGAGAGAAGAUUGCCGGCCACAAACCUCGGGUUCUUGUUAUCGGAGCUUUGGGCCGCUGCGGAAGGGGUGCGGUUGAUGCUUGUGUUAAAGCAGGAUGCGAAGAUGUCCUCCGCUGGGAUAUGGCGGAAACUGCCAAGGGAGGGCCAUUCCAGGAAAUUGUGGAGUCUGAUAUCUUUGUGAACUGUAUCUAUUUGAAUGAGAAGAUCCCCCCAUUUGUUGAUAUGGAGAGCCUAAAGAGCCCCAACAGAAAGCUCUCUGUUGUUUGCGACGUGAGCUGUGAUACAACAAACCCCAAUAACCCUAUCACCUUCGACAAACCAACCGUUCCGCUCCCUCUCUCCAACCCACCCCUCAGCGUAAUCUCAAUCGACCACCUCCCCAGUCUUCUCCCUGCAGAGUCCUCGGAUGCCUUCUCCACCGAUCUCCUCCCUUGUAUGAUGGAGAUCAAGAACCGUGCAUCUCACCCUGUCUGGCAGAGGGCGGAGAAACUCUUCAGAGAGAAAGUCAAGACUUUACCUGAGGCGUUACAGAAGGCUGAGUAGAAAAUGCGCGCGCGCGCGAGAGAGAAAGCUGCAUGUAUCAAUUUGAUUGGUGAAAAAAAAAAGAGGGCUUUGGAACUCUACAGUUCUUUCCUGCGAAACAUACACACACACACACACAUACGAAAAAAAAGGACGGAGGCGGAAAUUAAGUGAUCAUGUAGAACGGAGCAGACAAGGAGGCGAGGAACGAGAAAAAUGAGAUUUAGAGGUUCUUGUUAUUUUUCAUUUCUUUUUUUUUCGGGAUUUUUCCACUAUUUCAGUGGUGGCUGAUAUCUCUCUGUCUUCCAUCUUGUCAUUCAUUGGAAGAUCAAUCAAAAUUGGAAAUACCCCCUUUCUUGGUUUAGAAACUGAAGCGACGUGAAUGAAAAGUUAUCCUACC